CCCGGGCCACACUCAGCUUAGCCUUUGAACGAGGCCUUCCUCCUCCGGGAAGACAGCGAAGCCGCGAUGGCAGGUUCGUCCGUUUCCUGGGCUUGUGCCACAAACAAAAUUCAAAGUCCUGUAUAUCUUUCAUCAUAGAUUUUUAAAUACUCCCUUUCCUGAGAAACUCAAAGUAAGGGUUUAAACAUUGCUGCUAUUUUGUAUUUUAAACUUAAUCUUGAGCAGCUACCUACAAUUUUUUACAUUUUGCUUUUCCCCCUAAAUUGCCUUCCUUCUGACAUUUUCCUCAUAUGCUAUUUGUGACAAAUCAUCAGCCAGAUUUCCUGACUGACACAUGGGUAUUAGGUACAGGGGAAACCUGUGGUGUUCACAGCUACAAAAUGGAAUUCGGUUUUAGGAACAGUUUGGGUAGUAAAUUUCGAUAGAGGCAAAAAAAAGGGAGGGUGACGUGCUGUCUCCUCUCGUCAGGAUGGCCGUUGGGCUCUUAUUCAGAAAGGAUUAGUUUCUUUUUAAAAUGUACUUUACUGAACUGCAUACAGGCACGUUUCUUCAUAAGGUCACACCUGAUGGAAACAAGACAGUCUCCCAACACUGAAUUUCCAAGAUAAUCCUUACCACUUUGUAAACCAUUUAUAGCUUUGAAAGUGUUAAGUGAUUCUUUCGUUACUAUUCAUGCACGUUCAUGAACUUCUGCUGUACAUUGGAAUAGGAGUUACCACAUUCGCAUUUACUGUCUAUUUUCUUGUGUGCCUUAUGAGAUGGCUUUUCUGACUGUAUCUCAAUAGUCUUUCUUUCUAUGCAGGUUUAUAAUCAGUACAACUACUGUUUUCUAAAAUACUAUUACACGAGGCUCGGAGUUUGUAUUUCAAUUACACUGACCAAGUAACAAUGUAUUCCGUUUUCAGGAAGUGAAUAUUUGACUGUUAACCCUUUUCCUGUCUGCCCAGUGUGACCUGGAGCGUAUGGACUUGACAGACAUCCCUCACCCAGACUCCAUGUACAAACACAUACACAUGCACAUCUCCUGGUGGAAACCAACUCAGAGUGGGGAAGACACGAAUGGUGUUUCUUUAGAACUGACUUUUCUUACCGUUUUAGACUCGUGUGUUUUGUAUGACACCAUCACAAGAAAAUUUUAUCCUUCAGAUGAAGUAUUUUAUUAUUUGAGGCUUAGUCAAGGAAACGGCGGUGGCGUCUCACCAGCCUCGCCCAUAGCUGCUCCUGAGAACUCCCCUCCUGGGCCGCCCGGGGCCCUGCAGGAAGCAGCAGGCCCUCCAGGGCCUAGCAUCGGCCAGCCGGGCUGUUCUGCAGUCGGUGUGGAUCGGAUCGGAUCGGCCAUGGAGAGGAGUUUUCAGUUGGAGCCCUCCGCCAGCUGGAGCCUCCAGGCUGCUCUCUGCCUGGCCAGUCGCUCGGCAGGGGCCAGAGCACCACCUGGUCGUAGAACUGCGGAAACCGGCGUGUCUCCCCAUCCUCCACAAAAACAUCACCACAACCCACCUGUAACUAGCUCCGCCGGUGUGCGUGCCCCUGGUACAGCCACGGGGCAGCUCUGCCUCGUGUUACUGGCCGGCACCACCGGGCCCACCUGCAGCUAG